UCAGUCAAUCCUCUUUGGUCAGUGCACUGGCGUCUGACGUAUGAUGCAUCGAGUGUUUUUCGUCGUUUUCUCAAAAUAAUCCACUAUUUACAUCAUUUCUCGUCCCUAAAUCCGUCACAAUAGGGAGUAAUUGUUAGUACAUGGAUAUCUGAGUGAAAUAAUUAAAAUGGCGGAGAAAACAAAGUCUGUAUCACACGUGAAACACGUCCCAAAGGAUGCACAGGUUAUAAUGUCUAUUAUGAAGGACAUGGGGAUCACAGAUUACGAACCAAAAGUUAUCAAUCAACUCCUCGAAUUCACCUAUCGCUACAUCACCUGCAUCCUGGAUGACAGUAAAAUCUACGCAAAUCACGCGAAGAAAAAGUUUAUUGAUCUGGAAGAUGUGAGAUUAGCAGUAAAAAUGCAGCUGGAUCGUACAUUCACGAAUCCACCGCCUCGGGAUGUUCUCCUGGACGUUGCAAAAUCCAAAAAUAAUAUUCCCCUGCCAUUCGUCAAGCCCAACAACGGCCUGAGACUUCCCCCAGAUCGUUAUUGCCUCAACUCAGCGAAUUACAGAUUGAAAAAUAUCACGAAAAAGCAGGCGGGAAAAAUGCACGCUCUCGUUGGGAACAGUCUCAGUGGAUCGUCGAGACUCAAGGUCGAUUCCAACAAGCCUAUGUCCAUCGUCAAGAGACCUGGAACCACUUUGUCUACGAUCGCCAGGACGCAGACUAUUUCUAUACCAAAACCAGUCUUCAAGUUUUCAACAGGCUCAGCGUCUUCGGGGACCUCCUCGACAGCCCCAAAGCCCAAAAUCCAGAUUGCAGGACAAGGGACGCCAGUUAUCAAAAUGGAGGUGGAGGAGAGUGCCAAGAGGAAGCGUGAGGACGACGACUACGAUGUACCUUCACUCUACAUUUCUCCCUCUCUUCCAUGAUAUAUUUCAUAUGUUGUUAUC